ACACACACACACACACACACACACACACACACACACACACACACACACACACACACACACACACACACACACACACACACGCCCACUUCAAUGCACAAACACACAUGGUACAUUUUUAUAGGCCUACAUCUAUUGCGUAAUUGCCACAUGUCAAACACCCGGGGGCAGCAGUAAGUCAAAAGAGAAGCUGUCCAUUCACUUAAAAGGUGCCUAUGUUGAAGUCAAAUUAUAAAACAACUAACCCAUUAAAACAUUCACGAAAUAAAGCCACGGUGAUAAGAAUAUACACUCCAGCCUUCAACUUUUGACUAAAGUGAGAAAAUGCAAGAAGGAAACUUUUGUGCUUUCUUCGCCCUGCUGUUCCUGAGCGCUGGCUGUUGCAUCACUUGCUUCCAUAUUCAACUACAGCAACAAGUGAACAGGUUCCCCCUUCAAUGCAUCUCAUCUCGACACCAGAGUCUCUCCCUCGCUCGUCGCAUGGCCUCUGUUAGGGACGUCGCAAGUGUUAUAUUUUCUUAUCGCCUGAACUGGGAAACCGCUAAAUAAGACAAAUGACAUAUUUUUACGACGAAACCGAGGCUGCGGAGGACCUGAGCAAAAUGAACUACCCUGACGAGGAUUUGCAGUUCGAAUAUUUGUUUGAAUACGAACCUCCUAGUGACGAUUUUGCAGGAGGAAAACAAGGUGACCCGAACCUCACGGCCCAAAAGCUCCUCAGCCCAGAGUCUGAGCAGGCCUUCCCCCUGGAGGAAGCCCCCUACGGCAUCAAGCCCUGCAGCCCGUCCUACGGGGGCCACGCCGUGCAGGUCCUCGCAGGCUACGACGCCCAGGAGCUCUCCCGGAGCUACCUGGACCACCACCAGCACCACCAGCAGCGCCCCAGCGGCCUGGCUCUGAGCCCCCGCAUCGAGAUCACGCCCUCCCGCGAGCACUACAACCAUGUCAGGGACUCCCUGCAGAACCACCCCCUGAACACCAGCCCCCGGCCCACGCUGACCGUGCCCGGCCACGAGAGCCAGUCCUACCGGGAGCCCCAGUGCCUGAGCCCCGCCAGCAGCAACUCCUCCACCAGCUGGCACUCGGAGAGCUACUCCCCCUUCGCGUCCCCCUGCGUGUCGCCGGGCAGCGGGCAGACCGCCGCUGACCUCUGCCCCCGCCUGCAGAGCAUCCACACCGGGGGCUCCCCGCGCACCUCCCCGGGCACCUCCCCCCACACCAGCCUGGCCGAGGACGGGGGCCCCGGGGGGCCCCGCUCGCCGUCCCCCAGGCCCGACUCACGCUCGGUGUCGCCGCAAGGGAAGCGCACCUACGACAUGUGCCGCAACCAGGGUCUGAUCCCGGGACACCGCUCCCGCAGCCCCUCCCCGUCGCACACCACUCACGAAGAGUACAACAUCGGGGCCCACUACGGCCCCAACGCCCACCUCCACCAGCACCACCUCCACCACCACCACCACGGCAGCCCCAUCGCCAACGUGGUGAACUGCUUCGCCCCCGGACAGCCCGGCCUGGUGCCCAGUAAGAUCGUGAGGACGGCCAACCACAACCAGGUGUACACCCUGUACCCUGAGAACCACGUGGAGGGGAACUACCUGGUGUCCUGCGACCAGGACAUGAAGUCCAGGCCCGGCUCGGAGCCCUUCUUCGUCAUGCCGCCCAUCUGGCCCAAACCUCUGGUGUCCAGCCUAUGCAGCAUCCCGCUGGCGUCCCUCCCUCCCCUGGAGUGGCCCAUGCCCAACCACACGGAGCACUACGAGCUGCACAUCGACGUGCAGCCCAAGCCCCAUCACCGGGCCCACUACGAGACGGAGGGCAGCCGGGGGGCCGUCAAAGCCCCCACCGGCGGGCAUCCCGUCGUCCAGCUGCACGGCUACAAAGGCAAGGAGCCCCUCGGCCUGCAGAUCUUCAUCGGCACAGCAGACGAGCGCAUCCUGAAGCCGCAUGCCUUCUACCAGGUCCACCGCAUCACGGGCAAGACGGUCACCACCACCAGCCUAGAGAAGGUAGUCAACGGCACCAAAGUCCUGGAGAUCCCCCUGGAGCCAAAGAACAACAUGAAAGCCAUAAUCGACUGCGCCGGAAUUCUGAAGCUCAGGAACGCCGACAUCGAACUGAGGAAAGGGGAGACGGACAUCGGGCGGAAGAACACCCGCGUGCGCCUGGUGUUCCGAGUCCACAUCCCUCAACCUGGAGGGCAGCACAUCUCACUGCAGGCCGCCUCACAUCCCAUAGAGUGCUCCCAGCGCUCGGCCCAUGAGCUCCCUCUAGUGGAGAAGCAGGAUAUGGACGGCUGCUCCGUCCUGGGGGGCCAGCAGAUGAUCCUGACGGGGCAGAACUUCAGCUCCGACUCCAGGGUGAUCUUCAUGGAGAAAACCCAAGACGGCCAGCAGAUAUGGGAGAUGGAGGCGACUGUAGACAAAGACAAGAGUCAGCCAAACCUGCUGUUUGUGGAGGUGCCUUCCUACCGGGAACUGUCCGUCUGCCACUCGGUCAAGGUCCACUUCUACGUCAUCAACGGCAAGAGGAAGCGGAGCCAGCCGCAGCAUUUCACCUUCACCCCGUUGUCAGUGCCCUCCAUCAAGACGGAGCCCCAGGACGAGUACGAGGCGGCUCACAUGGGCUUCGCCGUGCCCCAGAUGCUGGGCCUGUCCCCCCACUCCUACUACCACAACGCCCGGGCCAUCCUGCAGCCGGACAGCGGCCUGGUCUCCGGCCUGGCCUCCUGCCUGGAGGGGGGGCGGGCCCCCCAGGACCCCCGCUACCAGCAGCAGCAGCAGCUGCAGAGUCACGCCAUCAUCAACGCCGCCGGCCUGAGCAGCCCCGGCCUGUACCAGCAGAUGCCCGAGCCGCACCGCUCUGUGCUGGUCCACGCCGGCUCUCCGUCCCAGCCCCUGGGGGGUCCCCACCUGGCGGCGGGCCAGCACCCGUCCAUCAUCCAGUUCUCCCCCAACGGCCCCCCCGCACACCACCACCUUCUGCUCCGAGGGGCGGGGGACCCCCCGCCCACCGCCGCCCCUCAGGCCGACAACAGCAGCAGCCAGCAGCCCAUCACCUACGGCGAGGACGGAUACUCCCCCCAGUCCACGCCCAACACGUCCCCCCACGCCCAGGGGGGGCCCGCGGCCGGCCAGCCGCAGCACUACGCCACGGUGAUCCAGCCCCAGCCCCAGUACACGCAGAAGGCCCCCCCGCAGAAGGUCCGAUCCCCCCCUACCCCCGGGGCCCCUGGCCCCGAGCAGGCGGGCCAGGAGGGACCCCAGGAGGGGGCCCCGGCCCUGGGGAACGGCCACCAGAGGAGGGUGGCGGUCAAGGAGGAGAACCUGGACCAGGCCUACCUCGAUGACGGUGAGUGUCCUCCCAACUACACCUUGUUACGCCCUAAUGGCCCCUUCUGAGAGUCAAUCGAGUCUCUCGUCCGCAACAGCCACAUCGUCAAUGAAAUCAUAAGGAAGGAUCUGACUGCUGUCCAGGCCAGAGGGCAGACAUAGAGGAAAACCUGCAGGACACGACAUCAUGUCAACUUCGUCACAGCUAUAGCCCUACCCCGCAACUCCUCUUCCUCAUCCUCUUUAUCCAUAGAGAUGUCCGUUUACAGCCGUUAUAUUAGAGUCAUCUUUUAGUAUUUCAUGACUGUAAAGUCUUUACUUAAAUGUGGAAAACAAUCAAAACAAUGUGCUUAAAUCAAUGUUUUUUAAGCGAAACAUCUUCUUUUUAUUAAAAAAAGAUUAAUAAAGAGAGGGUCGAUAACUAAAAUACAUUCACAUGCUGCAAAACUGUUAAUACCUUUUGACUAUUGGAGCUACUUUUUCGAAUAUAUUCUCAAAAGUCAAAAUGUCUACAGAUGUACAACAGCAGAUUGUAUGUACUUUAAUCAUCUCAUUUUAGGUUCAGUUGUGUAUGAAGUAUGUGGAGAGAAAAACACACUACCUUAUUAUUUUAGUGACUUUUUAGUGACUAAAAAACAAUAUUUGGCACCUCCUAAAAUGCACUGUUUUGCCAAAACUUGUAAACAUUUCUUUGAUGUGAAUAGUGCCUUUAAUUCUGUGGCUUAAAUGAUUGAUUAAAAUUAUAAAAGUGAUCAUAUGUGCAGCAGUUUAUUAAAAGCCAUACGUUAAAGGCUUUAUAGUGUAAAGUAUUGUCCAAGUCCAAUAUUCCAAAUUAUUGGGGAUGCCAAAUGCAGCAGGCAAACACAGAUUUGAAAUCUGGUUGCUUGUCUUUCUCUUAAAUACCUUUUCUAUUUGUAUUUCUCAUAAUUGUAUUGUAAUUAUAUCUGUGUUCGUAUUUCAAUUCACAGAGAAUAUAUCCAGUGCCUUUUUUUAUGUAAGAUGUUUUGUACAGUGCUUGCAGAAGUCUAUGAGCAUUUAUAAAGGCAGCCCUUGUAUUCAAAGACAUCAACAGACUUGUCCUGUCCCUUCAUGUGUUAUGCACUAGUGUGCCUUCAGUGCCUUGCAUUUUUAAGGUAAGCCCCCAUUUUUAGAAAAUAAUACAGAAAAUACAUUAUUAUUAUGACUAUUUUUGUAUUAAAUUAUUAUGUCAAAUAUUUUUUAUUUUGUCUUAACAAAGUUUUAUUUCAUACAAAUAUAGUUUAAAAUAGUGGUUGAAAAGAGUGCCUUUGUCUUUUAAGUGCCAUUAAUCCGACUUAAAAUAUGACCAAUGAAGUGCAAUUAAAGCUAUUUGUUUUAAAGGCAACCAUUGGCCAGAAAAUGGUUGUCUAAUGUUUAAUAUUGGAUAUCAUAUGGGUAUUUUGCAGGAGUGAGAUUUGAUAAAAACAGUUACAUCAAAUGUUUUCUCUAAUGAGCCAUUCUCUCCAUGUACAAAGAGUUUCUGAAUGUAAACUUUAUAUUUGUUUCUGUAAAUAUAAAAUGCAAAGUAUACCCUGUUUGUCCAAGAAUUAAUUAAUUCAAAGGUUAAAGAAGGAAUGUAAAGUACAUUUUCUCUCUUUUUUUUGUUCUUCAUGAGUUACAUUCUUUCUUUUAUCAAUCCAUUAGUUUUCACACAAAGUAUACACAAAGUUUGUGAUUGAUUUGCACGUUUUACUACAAAGAACACUUAUGGUAUAUUGCACUGUAAGUAUUACUUUGCGUUACUAUGAGGAAAUAUUCCAUUUUUAUUUUAAUUUGCAAAAAUCGAGAAUCGAUGAUUGGUUUUACAAAGGGAAUUAUUAUAGGGAUAUUUCUACUGCCAAUAGUGUUUAAUUAUUUUGCUUUAUGAAUAUUUUACUAUCAUUGUUACAAAAAGUUUGUUCCAUCAUUGGAUAACAUGAUUUUCCCUCAUAUUUUUUUUUUUAUAAUUUGUUCUAUUAUGAAUGCAUCAAACUAUGUUUAAAACAAUUUGUUUCAUCUUAUUUUUAUAUCCUUAAAAGUAGCAAUAAAUAAUAACCAUAGAAGAUUCGCUUGUGUUGUUUGUUAUGUUUCACUUAAAUCAAACGAGUUCUUUAAAUCAUCAAAGAUUUUGUUUGUUAACAUCCUAUUAAACAUGAGUUUGGCUUAGGGUAAAUUUGUUUAACCAAAAUCAUUAGAUAAGACACAAAUAUUGACCUACAUCGAGUAUUAAAGCUACUAACUCUCAAUGAACAGACAUAUUCCAACCAUAUCUAAUAUAGAAAUAGACAAACAGAAAAAAAUGAUAUGUACAUUUGAUGUUAGAGAUUAUUUACAACAUUAAAGGGUCACCUGUUCUUUAAAGGUGCGGUAUGCGGGAUUAAGUGGCAUCUAGUGGUGAGG